AUGGGUUUGGUGGGCGUCCAAGAAAAUGGGGGUUCGGAAAUGGGGUUGAGUUUGGGAACCAAAAACAAGUACAGAAGAAUGGAUUCGCAGCCGACGCAAGAUGAUGAUUCCGAUGCUUCAGAUCAGGCGGCGGAGGAGAGGAAGAAGACGACUAGGAAAUAUGUCUUUGCCUGUUCUGUUUUCGCAUCUCUCAACAGCGUUCUCCUCGGAUAUGAUGUCGGGGUUAUGAGCGGGGCUGUCCUCUUCAUCAAAGAGGACCUGAAGAUAACGGAAGUGCAGGUCGAGAUCCUGAUCGGAAUCCUGAGCGUGAUGUCCCUUGUCGGAAGCCUUGUUGGCGGACGCACAUCAGACGCCGUGGGACGCAAGUGGACCAUCGGCCUUGCAGCCGUCACCUUCCAGACGGGGGCCGCCAUUAUGGCAUUCGCCCCUUCCUUCACAAUCCUCAUGCUCGGCCGAAUCCUGGCCGGCAUUGGCAUAGGCUUCGGAGUCAUGAUUGCCCCAAUCUACAUUGCAGAGAUAUCUCCAGCCGUGGCACGUGGCUCCCUCACUUCCUUCCCGGAGAUCUUCAUCAAUUUCGGCAUCCUCCUCGGCUACGUCUCGAACUACGCUCUCUCCGGCCUUUCUCCGCACAUCAGUUGGCGCGUCAUGCUUGCAGUCGGCAUCCUCCCUUCGGUUUUCAUCGCCUUUGCCCUCUGCAUCAUCCCCGAGUCCCCGAGAUGGCUCGUGAUGCAGGGCCGCGUGGACGAGGCACGCAUCGUCCUCCACAAGACCAACGAGAGCGAAUCUGAAGUCGAGGACAGACUUGCCGAGAUCCUACUCGCCGCCGCCCCAGAGACCACCGAAUCCAAGGCCGUGUGGAAGGAUCUGAUGAAUCCCUCGCCGGCGCUCGGGAGGAUGCUGAUAGCGGGCUGCGGAAUCCAGUGCUUCCAGCAGAUCACGGGGAUCGACUCGAUCGUGUACUACAGCCCGGAGAUCCUGACGGCGGCGGGGAUGGAGGACAAGUCGAAGCUCCUGGCGGCCACCGUGGCUGUGGGGAUCUCGAAAACGGUGUUCAUACUCAUCGCCAUUCUUCUGAUCGACAAGGUGGGGAGGAAGCCUCUGCUGUACGUGAGCACGGUGGGGAUGACGUUCUGCCUGCUCACACUCGGCGCGACGCUAUCUUUCAUGGGGCAUGACGGGUCGGCAGCGAGCAUCGGGAUGACCAUCCUGUCCCUGUGCGGAAACGUGGCCUUCUUCUCCGUGGGAGUGGGGCCCAUCUGCUGGGUGCUAACUUCCGAGAUAUUCCCUCUGAGAGUGCGGGCGCAGGCGUCGGCGCUCGGGGCAGUGGGGAACCGAGUGUGCAGUGGGUUCGUGGCCAUGUCGUUCCUGUCGGUCGCGGACGCCAUCAGCAUGGGGGGGACAUUCUUCGUGUUCACGGCCAUAUCUGGACUCGCGGUGGCUUUUGUGUACAAGUGUGUUCCGGAGACGAAGGGGAAGUCGCUGGAGCAGAUCGAGAUGCUGUUUCAGGAUGGGUACAAGAGUGAAGUUCAGCUCGGGGACGCCGAGCAUUUGGUGAGGAAACAAUCUGGACCUGCAACACGGCGACCGACACGCUCCACCCAACACGACGCCGCUGCCGUCCCCAAAGGCAGCUGGAAUAAGAACCCCAAGCAGCUCACCUGGGUCAUCCUCCUCAAGGCCCACCGCACCGCCGGCUGCCUCGCCACCGUCGUAGUCAAAUUUUUUCCCUCGCAGUCGCCGUCCGCCAAACACAACUAG